AUGCGCUGGGAUCCAUUAACUUAUGAUGCGCAAUUGUCGAUAGAAUGGAUACAACAACGUCGUCCUCUUUUUAUACUUCUCUUUAUUGCAUAUACGCUGUUUGUAUUCAAUAUGCCGCGAAUUUGGAAAAGGAAAAAGAAGCCAAGGCUUGGCAACGAUCAUUUUUUAUUGGAAUGCUUUCAAUGCCUUGGCUGA